UUUUAACACAUACAUCAAUAGAAAUAGGAAAUACAACUGACAGUUACGGGGCUGAACAUAUCCUCUUUCAAUACAUACUAUUUACAGAAGCAGUUUUUGAGCAUCUCUAUCAACGAAUUAUGUACAGAUCUAUGCAGCACAGUGUACUUUUAGUACUGUUGUUUUUGGCAUGUACCACCUUUUGUUCGAAAUGUCCAUUUGAUUCUUCCUGUGAUUGUAUUGUGAAUGCAUCAACAAAUUUAACAUCAGCAUUGUGCUCCAAUAGAGGGUUGGAUGCUCUUCCAAACUUUUGUAAGACUGCAAGUCUGCUAGAAUCGUUCGACGCAUGCAACAACAAAAUUAAGCAGAUACCAAACUACAUCUUUUCGAACGCAAACAAUUUACUUUACAUGAAUUUAUCUGAGAACAACAUUUCAGUGCUGUUUGCGAAAUCAUUUCACGGAUUAGAAAAAUUGGUAACUUUAAAUCUUGAGCGGAACGGUUUGAUGUAUACAUUAAACACCAUUCCACCGACUUGCUUCAGAAAUUUAUAUCAUUUGAAAUCCCUGAAUUUAAAAAACAACAUCGGUUUUUAUCCGACUGCUCAAAGAUAUCCAAAUUUGUCAGCUUUGUUGGAACUUGAAACUCUAGAAAUUGAUGGAUUACCGAAGGACAGUUUUGAACAACGAUUUGACACACUCAGGGAACUUAAAGUUUUGGAUUUGUCAAGUAAAGAUUGUUACAUUAAAAUCAUUAGAUCAGAUUUUUUUCUGUCAACGCCAAAUCUUCAAUAUAUAGAUAUUUCACACUGUAAAGUACAAAAGAUUUGGAAAAAUACUUUUAGCGGUUUGAAAAAUCUAACUUAUCUUGAUGUUUCUGAUAACAAAGAUUUGAAGUUUGCUGGCGUUGAAAAUGUAACUUAUGACUUACAGUUUACAGCUAUUAAAGUACUGAAAUUUAAUAAAGUGCAUGAAACUUUUGAGAUGAACACAGAAAUUGGUCGUAAUACAUGGAAAUGUCUUCAAUAUACAAAUAUAACAGAGAUGCACCUGGAUAGCAAUAGAAUCCAACUUAUCAAGACUGGAGUGCUUUCAAAACUGCCUAAAACACUUGAUAUAUUAUCAGCCGCUGACAAUAUGUUUUCGUUUGGAGUAUACAUAUUGGAGGCAAAAAACCUUAACAUCACCUUUAUAAAUGUUUCAUUUCAGUUUUCCUCACAUCAACCCGAGUUAGGUUCCCUAAAUAUACCAAGUUAUAGUAUAAACCGCUUGAAAAGAAACCUAAGAGUUGACUUUCCACUUCCUUUUCCAAAGAAUCUUCGCAUAGCUCACUUUCGGAGAAGUCAAUUACAGUAUGACAUUCCUAGAGUGGAAAUUAUGGAAAACAAUCUACAAUACUUGGACGUCAGCAGUAACCUGCUUGCGCGCUGGAAAGGUCCAACGGUGAAUUUUCAUUACUUGAAACAUUUGAACUUAUCUAGUAAUUAUUGUUCUAACAUAUCAACAUUUUUCUUCGAAGGAAUGGUCAACCUGGAAAAGUUAUAUGUACAAAAUAAUUUGCUUGGGUUUAGCAUUCCAUUUGAUGUAGAUGGGCAAAUCUUAAAACCGCUCAAAAUUUUGCAAGCAAUUGAUUUUUCACAAAAUAGAAUACCUUUAUUGCCACCCUUAUUUUUCAUAUUUCUGGAACGAUUGGAAGCGUUAAACUUACAUGAUAAUCUCUUUGAAGAUAUUGAUUUCAGACUAACUCAAAUGAAAAACUUGUCACUUAUUGACCUAUCUAGAAAUCGCAUUCAAUUCUUAGGACCUGUCGCAACUAGUCAGUUGGAAUCAGUUGCACGCGAUCACAUGUUGUCAUUGAAUUUAAGUGAAAAUCCGUUAAUUUGUUCAUGUGCUUCAUUAAAAUUUCUUAAAUGGAUGACAGAAACAAAAGUUGUUUUACUAAAUCGUGAAAAUUAUAUUUGUAAAUAUGAAAACGGAACAAAAACAUUACUUUUAAACGUUAAUAAUAUUUACAAUAAACUGAAAAAAGAUUGUUCCUCCUACCCUGGAAUAAUCAUUGGAAUAACCGGCGCCAUAUUUGUAUCUGUUUCAAUUGUCUGCUUUGGACUAUUUUACAGAUAUCGAUGGAAACUUCGUUAUAUCUAUUACAUGACUAAGAAUAGGUUCCGUGGAUAUGUUCCAGUCAUAGACCACGCAAACAAAACUUAUCUCUACGACGCUUUCAUUUCUUACGCCGAACAAGACUGUGGUUUUGUUCAUAAUGAUGUCAUUAAAAAUUUAGAAGGAGAAGGCAACCUUAAGCUUUGUUUACACAAACGAGAUUUUCUCCCAGGAAACGAGAUUGCUGCAAAUAUAACAAGUGCGAUUCACAACAGUCGUAAAACUGUCGUAAUUCUAAGUCCCCAUUACAUAGAUUCUAACUGGUGCAGGUUUGAGUUUAAUAUGGCAAAAAUGGAAAGCAUGUACACAAGAGAAAAUGAAAAUAUACUUUUCAUGGUGUUUCUAACUCAUAUUCCUCCCAGAGAAUUGCCUUUGAUGAUGAUGGAAUUUAUUGAUUCAAAUUCUUAUAUAGAAUACCCAGAUGAUGAAUUUGGGAACGUCGUAUUUUGGCAAAAAAUGCUGGAGGCCGUAGGCGGUUGAAUUCAAUAAAAAUGACUGAGUUGUAAAUGUCAUUUAGGAAUAUUUGUUAAUAUUGUGUUUGUCUUACCAAAUAUUGUGUUUGUCUUACCAAAUAUUGUGUUUGUCUUACCAAAGUACUCAUCAAAGAUACUUUGUACUUUUGUAAAACUUUUCGGAAUUCUGGGUCCUCAAUGCUCUUCAAUUUCGUACUUUAUUUGGUCUUUUAACUUUUUUUAUUUCGAGUGUCACUGAUGAGACUUCUGUAGACGAAGACGAAACGCGCGUCUGGCGUACACCAUUGAAUCCUUGUAUCUAUGAUGAGCUUAUUUGUAUGUGAAUGUAAUAUCAAAAGUACUCAACUAAAAAUGAUAGAAUUUGACAUCAUAUCAUAAAGUUGUCGACAGAUGAUGAUGUGGGAGUCCUUUUUCUUAAUAUGAUGGUAUAUCCCUAUCCGUAGAGAGCAAUAAUAUCGCUCCAUCGCAAACGGAACAGUAUAGCAGGGGCAGAUAAUAAUGCAUAUAAAGUUAAUGCUUUAUUUUUGCAUCGUUAUUAACGGGAAUUUUAUUAUUAAACGUCAUCAAAUCGGUUACGUACAUUUGAAAGCAUUUGCAAAGGAAAACAAACAAGCUGCAUACUAGAGCAAACGAAAUCAUCUACGGAUUGGUGAGCCAUUAAAUUCAAAGCAAAGGAAAGUUUACUUUUCUAUCAUCAAGAAGUUCCCAUUAUAUGACAGUAAUUCUUAUUGCGAUUUGAUGUACGGAAGUGUUACAUUAGGAAAACACUGCGACAUAAUUUAGCACCAAAAGGAAAAAUGAGCUGUCAAUCAUUAAAAAACUUAGGUUUUUCUGUUUUACGCUAAACAAAUAAGACUUUUUUUUCAAUCGACGGUAUCUGCUUCAAAUCAAUUUUAUUUUUCUGUAUAAAUUUGUAGUUGCAAGGGAACUGUCAUUAGUAGGGUGCCCAAUAUCCAAAAAGUCCUCUAGUUAACGAGUUUAAGUUAACGGAUAACACACGGCUAAUUUUUUUGCAAAUUAUAGGAAAAUCAAUAUAUUUUACAAUCAUGAUUGUCGUCGUAAGUUCUCAUGGUCACGAUUUUCUAAAUUUCGUGUUUUUACAGGGUACCCCCAGAUACCGUAUUGUACGUGGAAUCUUUAACAUGAAAAAUAAAAUUAUUACGCUCUU